AUGGAUGAUUUAGACCUUUAUGUUCAGCUGAAUGGUGUAGAGUUAUUAGAACAAAUCGAAGAAGAUGCGGAAAUUGUUUUACAGAAGUAUGACUUUAUAGAUCCUUUCCAAAGUCUUUCUGAUCGCCUGUUCAUUAUAUUUUACCGGUUAUCAAAAGGUUUGGCGACAAAGGUAAUUCAGAUUGUGACGCCUUUCAUGAAAGCUCCUUCAAGAAGUAGUGCGCUGACCAUGCAACAAAAAGUUAUGACAGCUCUUAGGUUUUUUGCAUCUGGUAGCUACCAGAUGGACAUAGGUGUCAGUCACUAUGCCUCUGUUAAGCUACGUUUACACGAUGAUAGUUGCUCUCACGAUAGUCGCUAUCGUGAUAGUACUAUCGCCGUGUGA